AGCCUCCGGACCGAGCACAUUGUGCUGCUUUUCCUUUGCCUUGAGUGAGGUUUGAGUGUUCUGAGCACCGGCACGAGCUGAUCCUCUGCACAAAGAAACGAGCAGCGUUUGCCCCCAGGGAAAGGAGCUAUUCCAGACCAAACUAAAGGAAUCAUCUCACAUGUUUCAACAAUCCCAACCGUUUCUCUGUUUGUUUUAAAGAUAUCACUGUGGUUCUGUUUCAUUUGCAGCGGGAGACUAAAUGACAGCAAGCAGAAUCUGCUGUUAGGUUAGAUUACAAGGAUACUCUCUGGGGCACACGAGGCCAUGCAGGUGACACCACUGCUCUGUUAUUUCCUGCUCGUCUCCCUGGGUGUUGAUUUUUGUCCCAGUGCAGCCAGUGCCCUUCCCGGGAGGCAGAGGAGGAGGAUGCACCACCGAGGCCUGGGAAGGGGCUCCCCGACAGGGCACAGGAUCCCGAGGCAGCCAAGGAUGGAGCUCCCAGAGCCCGCUGUGCCCGGGAUACCCCUCAUUAAUAUCGAUGACAGCGUCAUGGGAGUGUUUGACUCUCUCAUAGGGUUGGGGGAACACGAGUCCAGUUACAGUGUCCUGCCAGGGAAGAAGGGGCAGUGCUCAGCCAACGGGAUGAUUAUGUUCGACAAAGCCGUCUGGUCUCCCAGGCCCUGCGUCACCUGUCUCUGCUCCCAGGGAGAGGUGAUUUGUGACACCACCAUGUGCCACCCCUUGAAAUGUCCCCACACCAUCAUACCCGAAGGGGAAUGCUGCCCAGUGUGCUCUGAUCCUGGCUCCUCUUUGAAUUCAAGUAUUAUUUCACUGGAUGACAUAAGUGAGUUGUCUGGAGACUCUCCAGAACCCAGUGACCUUGAUAUCACCAAUGUCUUGCCAUCAGCACGAACUCAGACUGGAAAGGAUGAACUGCUUCAAACAGAAGUGACAGAGAUUAAGGAGGGUCACAGAAAGGGUGAAAAGAAAAGAAAAAGGAAAGGCAAAAGGAAUCGCCAGAAGCACAAAGGCCAUCGCAGAGGAAAGAGGCCCAGCACAAGAACAGGAGCUGCAGAAGAAGAACUGCAUUCUGACAGUGAGGAAGAUGAUGGUCCUUUCCGAAUUCCAUCUCAUUUCCCAAUUCCUGUUCCACCCGUGGAAGCUCCUCCUUUGCCAUCUGCAUGUUCCACCUCAGACACCACAGUAAGCUGCAUUAAUGCCAAACUUACACAAAUACCACCAAUCUCAGAUCCAGAUCUGACAAGUUUAGACCUUACAGGAAACAGCAUCACCACUAUCUCAGAUGAAGCAUUCAAUGGGAUACCUAACUUGGAAUGGAUUGAUCUGAGUAAAAAUAAUAUUACCUCUCCUGGCAUAGGUCCAAAAGCAUUCAAAAUCCUGAAAAAGCUAAAACGUUUGUAUUUGGAUGGAAAUCUGCUGGUCCAUAUUCCCUCUGAACUGCCAUCAACUUUGGAAGAAAUAAAAAUAAAUGACAACCACCUUCAUGCCAUUGAUGAAGAUGGCUUAAAAGGUUUAAAGAACUUGGUCACUCUGGAAUUAGAAGGAAAUAAACUUAGUGAAGCAAAUGUCAGUCCUUUGGCCUUUUAUCCUUUGAAAAGUCUUUGUUAUUUGCGACUGGGAAGAAAUAAAUUUAGAAUUAUCCCACAAGGUCUUCCUGCCACUCUCGAGGAGUUGUAUCUUGAAAAUAAUCAAAUUGAAGAAGUGUCAGAAAUUUGCUUUAACCACACGAGAAACAUCAAUGUCAUUGGGCUAAAGCAUAACAAAUUAGAAGAGCACAGGAUAGCACCUUUGGCCUGGAUAAACCAAGAGAACUUGGAAUCAAUCGAUCUCUCUUACAAUAAAUUGUAUCAUGUUCCCUCCUACCUGCCAAAAUCUUUACUACACUUGGUACUUAUAGGAAACCAGAUUGAAAGAAUCCCAGGUUAUGUGUUUGGCCACAUGAAGCCAGGGCUGGAGUAUCUCUACCUGUCCUUUAACAAACUUACCGACGAUGGCAUAGACCCGGUGUCGUUUUUUGGAGCAUAUCGCUCCCUGAGGGAGCUGUUUCUGGAUCACAAUGAACUGAAGUCUGUGCCAUUUGGAAUUGAUGAAAUGAGAAAACUGCGUUUUCUGAGGCUGAACAACAACAAAAUAAGGACGGUGCCCCCCGAGCGCAUCUGCAGGACUCACAUCGGUGACGAUGAUCGUGACAACAGCGAGGAGGAGGAGGAGGACAAUGAAGAUUCCCGUUUGGAACAUGUCCAUCUUGAAAACAACUACAUCAACACGAGAAAGCUCUCCCCACACUCGUUUUCAUGCAUCAGAUCCUAUUGCAGUGUUGUCCUUAAGCCACAGAGGAGCAAAUAACCCCCCUCCAGUUCUGCACUGCAACCCCCCCAUCUCUAGAAACACGGCUUUAUUUAUUCUCUGCCACUAACAGGUCUGCUUGGCUCUACUACUAUAAAUAAGAUUCUGUAUAUUAUAUACUGAAGCAAAGUAGUAGUGUUUUUCUUCAUAUUGUUUCAUUAUAAAAACAUUAAAUGUAAAAAUAGAGGCUUAAGGUUAUGUCGUCAACUUUUGUUUCUAUUAAAACUUUUCUGUUUAAACCCAGCAGAUCAAACUGUGCCCCCAGAAAUGCUCUCCACAAAAUCAGAUUUUAGAAAAGAGGAAUAUAAUUAAAUGCUCAACUUGGUCUUGUCUUAUUUGAUUAACCGAAUUUAAAACAUUUUAAAAUAUUUUAAACAUCAGCUUUAAAAGUGAUACAGAUCAAAGUCCUUGAGCUACGAAAAUUCCAGCAAUGCAAGAAGGAAAUUUCUUAAAACAUACACAGUUCCUGGACUUUCUACGAAACAUAUUGCAGUGAUAAGUUCUCUUCCAACUGAAAUUUCAAGGCAAAAAAAAGAAAAGAAAAAUUGUUUGUUUUAGAUGACCCUGAAAACUUCCUGUAUUCAAAAACAGAUUCUGAUGAGUUAUAGGAAUGAGUAAUUAAUUUCUGUGUGGAUUUUUUUAAUUUAAACUAAGCAUAUAUUUUUUUUUAAAAUUAUUUUUCAACUCACAGUGAUAGGUUCCAUCUAUUUGUACCAUAGUUGGUUCGUUAGAUUUUUAUACUGUAUAGGAUUAGGAUCACAUUGCCCACUUACGUGACUAACUAGACUUUCUCAAAACUUUAAAAUAUCCAGUUAGUAGUUAUUUGAAUGCUUCUAGACAGUCAUAAAUCACCACUCAAAGACAAUGUAGAUAAAGAAAGUUCAGGAACACAUUCAAUAUUAAUUUCUUUUUAGAUAUAAAGAGCAAGUGUUUACAAACAGAUUUAUUUCCUUAGGAAAGAGUUCUGGCUCUUGAAGAUGUUUUUAAUGUCUCGGUUCAUAGAAAAGAACCUUUUGUAAUAUCCCACUCUAGAUUUUAAUAUUAUAUUCUUUCUCUGAAGUAGCCAAAAUUUUGAUAAGAAGUAGAAGAUUUUUUUUUUAAAGAAGAAUUUCAAUAAAAAUUGAAAGUAAUUCUACCAUCUUUCAUAUUUCUUGGAUUCUAAGCCCUUCCUCAUAAGAGCAGGUUGGUGGUAGGAAAUGGGGACCGGCCAGUCAUUAUUUUUCACAUAAUUACUUUCCUCUUUCUCUGGGCUGUUCUGUGAGGAAUUAAAAAGACCUCCAAAGCACUCUGUUUUUUCACUGCUGUAGGUGUGCUCUCUAACCACUGCUUUUUCAGAACAGAUCAGAACAGUGGAUGAAACGGUUUCAUACAGGGACUGGUUUUCUUAAAGGCACAUAAAAGCUGGAGGCGACUGCACAUUGUGAAACCUUCGGAGGGCACAUAUUAACCACUGACCUGCAAUUUUACUGCCCUCACUCUGGAACUGAAGGUUCCCUGUGCAUUUCCCACACAUGCCAACACCUCCUGCCCACAGACACACCGUGUAAUCAGCCGAGCGUCCCGAUCACACACAGUUAACAGGGAAGGGGCUCCAAACGUUCCUCUCAGCAUAUUGUAGACAGCAUGUAUGAAAACCUGAGUUUUGUUUGCUCUGAAGCUUCACAUCUGUGAUUAGAAAAAACCAAAUCACACCCUUGUAUCUCAAAGUUCUCUCUUACUCAAAUAGACCAUGACCUCAGUGGGGCUUGAUCUGCACCGAGUCAAAACAUAACACACUUCCUGUAAGAAACAAUUCUAAGAUGUAUGGAUUUCUGAAAAACAUUGCUUUGGAUAUUUUUCCUGAUAAACUACAGUCAGAAGUCCUGCCUUAGUAAUCAGCUAAGUUUGGUAAAGAAUGGUGACACCAACAGGCUGAGUUUUUACACACCACGUCCUGUUUUAGGUGGUUUGUUUUCAUUUCUUGUGCACUUUCAACAUUUGAUUCCUUCAUUCCCUUUCACUUUGCUUAAUACUCCUUUGUCUUUGUAGAAUACCUUUAAGUUUCCCAACUACUGUUUUGAGAGACUAAGAACUCUAAAUUAUUAAAAUGAAUGAUUUUAGACUAUUUCUUAACAACUUCAGUUUCCUUUGCAGCACUGCUGAGCAGAGCUCUCAGAAGCCUUACUAAGCAUUUUGAAUACACAGAUCAACACAAGGAGGGAUUUCCAAGCAAACAACCUCUUGUAUUACAAUAUUUUAUGGAGUCUUAUAAUAAAUAUAAUAAAACACCA